ACUAGUCUGUGUCUAACACUUGGCCUGUGUGAUUGUAUGGGAAAUGAGUGGUCAUGUAAAGAAUAUGUGUCCUCAGCUGACCAUAUCACAAGCAGCAAGAACAUUGCUCUCUCUGUUACUGGUUGCUGCCAUUGAUUCAGUGAGUGCUGGAGUAGUAUGUAGGAAGCAACCGUGUGGGAGUUCCCUACAAAGAAGUUUGAAGCUAACCAAACUCAUACACAAGGAAUCUGUGGACCUCUUAAAAACAUACAAGCUCAGUCAAGGAGACAUGUCAGAGCUGUUCUGCCAGAUGUCAAUCAACAACGUUCCUGACCCAAACAUCUCUGGCCUUGACCCCUCAGAGCGGAUGUUGAGCAUCUACUCCCACUGUAAGGCUUUCCUACCACACCUGAAGAGGGUCACUGAGCAACAGACAGACUUACAGCCACCAUCCAGCUCACUGCUGAGCAAACUCUCUACUGCCCAUAACCGCACCAAUGGUCUGGCCAACCAAAUAAACUGCAUUUACCAAACCCUCUUUCCAAACCUGCCCAUCCCACCUGAACCUGUAGACGGACCGACUUCAGUACCCCCCUCCCAGAACGUGUUCCAGCAGAAGGUCUAUGGCUGUGUGGUUCUUAAGAGAUUCAAGGAGUUCCUGUCACGGGUCACACGUGAACUAAGGACCCUAAAGAGCCAAGUGUGCACUAGGAGGACAACAUUUGCAGACACAAAUGCACUGUUCUGAGGCUGACCUUCUAUUUAUUUUAUUUAUUAUUUAUUGUACACUUGUAUGGUAUGGAGGCUUAUUGCUGCCACUGAAAGAAAAAAUGGCCGGCCAAUAUUUGUCAGCGGCAGCAAUAAUGCCCUGUGCAUACCACGUCAUUUGAACAUCGUCGUUUGUGUAAAGUUGGUUGAGAUGUUAACCAAUGAGAUUUCAAUCUUCAUUCUUCCACUCAAAAAGACAGCCAGAAUUCUGUUGUAUUCCCAAUGUGUUAUCGAUAUGCUUUCCACCAUCUAAAAGCGCAACCAAAUUCCAUUGAAAAACAAUGUCAGAUAAUUAUUUUUUUUGUCAUGUAAAUGUAUUAUCGCUGCACUUUCAACCAUUAUAUAGCACAACAAAGUUCAAAUGGGAAUAAAAUGUCAGAUAUUUUGUAUUUAUGCAACAACUUAAUGUGUUAUCACUGUGCUUCAUCUAAUAGCGCAACCAAAUGAAGUGUUUUGCAGCUGAGAUUACAUUAAAAGUACAUAGUGCAAGCAAUCAAUGCUGUUCGAGAUUUUGUGCAGAUUCAAAUAGCAAUUGUGAAGAUCUCCACUGACCUGGGACCUUUGCAUACUAUCUUGAACAUGAAUGCUUUCAAUGAUUAUAGAAGACAUUUAUGGUUACAGUAACCUCAAUGUGGCAGUGGAUGUGUUGCUCAUUUUAAGUUUGUAUAAAUACUGUUACAUUCAUUUGUAAGACAGCCUUAAAUUCGGGCUUUAAACUGUAUUGCCAGUUGUAAGUGACGCAACCAAAUAUCAACAUUUGAAGGAAAUGUAUCUUCUGCUUGGAUAGUUCCACCUGUUCAACUGACUUAUUCUAGCUUUAAUUCCAGUUUGUGUACAAAUUCAUAAUUUAUACACUACCUGUCAAAAGUUUAGAACACCUAUUCAUU